CUUCCGCAGAACACGGUGAUGACGGAAGAUUAUUUGGAUCGACCCAUGCAGACGCAUCGAACUUACAAGGUUUGUUCUCAUGGACCAGUCGAUAUUUACUAUAUACCGGAUAAAGAAUCUCAUCCUGGAAGCAAGUUUGCUUUUCAAGUCCAAAGCUGCUGGGAACCCCUCAUUUGCUCUACAGCAAGCUGUUAUACUCGAGUAAUUUGCCAAUCCGAUGUUCCUAUAUUCGUGCCAGCAACAGCCCAUGUUUGGGUUGAGGGAAAAAAUGUUGCAGUCUACACUCCACUGUCAAGUCGCGUUGUUGUGAACCAAGAGGAGAGCGAAAGCAGAGUACGCAUGAAGCCAAGGUCACCAAGUAUCCCUGACGAAGGUAUUGUUGUAAUUUAUGCAGCCGAUAUGCGAAAGUUCAAUGAAUGGAUACAGGUAGUGGUGACUGAUAAUAUGACAGUUUACUGCCAAGGAGGAAGCUCUGUGUAUUUCUCUAAGUACUCCUCCGCUACUGUGUACCAAAUCUUGAAAAAUGUAGUUUGAAGAUUAUGGCUUGCUGAGAAU